AAGUGUAGAAAGGAAAUUAUCAUUGGAUUAAUAAAAAGACAGUACUUCAAGACCUGCACGUAUCAGACGAACAGUUUCUCGAUAUUUGUAUAUUAGCAGGCUUCGAGUACUGUCCUAGCUUUCCACCACUCAAUACAUCUGUAGUCAGUUUUACAUUCAAAGGCGUACAUGACUUGAUUAAGCAGCAUAAAACUGGAUUCAAUGCAGUUCAAGCUUAUUCUGAUAAUCCUAUUAUUGCCAAAACACACUAUGUUGAUAUCUUCUGCCGUACACGUUGUGCAGUUAAAUACCAUCUCAUCAUAACGGACGAAGGCGAGAUUAAACCACUAAACGUCGAACAUGCACCUAACGAUAUACACGAAUUCAUUGGGUAUCGUUUACCAGAUGAGCUUUACUACUACUUAAUGCGUGGUCUUAUUGGACCACAGUCUGUUAACAGCCUAGUGUCUGGUGUAUUGAUUGAAAAUGCGCCUUUGGACAAUGGUGAAUCAACAGAAUACCACAACUUCCUUCAUCAACUUCUUAAUAUUCGCACACAAACACUCAGCUUACUUACUCAACCCCUUCAUCAAUUUUACAAGACACGAAAGGUAGCCACUCAUUUUUGGUUUGAGCCUACGGUUGAACAAAUCAUGCAUCAUCAACCUAACGAUAGUCAUGGAUCAGCACAUGUUGAUGCCACGCCACUCAAUACAGUAUAUGAGAAAACGAAUUCAUGGAAUGUGACAAGGGAUUUUAUUGAUGCAGAAUUCAGAUCACAGAAAGUAAAUACUGUGACCCUCAAGUUUUGUAUCAGUGCACUUGAAAAUGCAUCUGUUGCUACCAAGACGAUUACCAAACCACACCCUGAUCAGCCACUUGAAGAUAAAAAUGAAAUUGUUGCAAAUGUGUUAUGGAAGACAUUAGAAAUAAGAGACUUUGUUACCUCUUCAAAGCAUGUGCAUACUCCAUGGGGAAAGGCAUUGCAUGUAUCACUCAAAGGAGAUGAUGUGUCCAGACCAAUGCAAGAGGCUUUAUUGACAGCACUCGAAUUGAUUCGAUUUGAAGUAUUGACCAACAAAACAUUCAGUAAAACAUAUACUCGACCUCUUGGAAACGAACUUGAGCAAAAGAACAUCAUUCUGCUUUCUCGUGCAUUAUCUUUACUGCCGAUCAAACUAAAGAAUAUGCAAUGGUUGGGGCCCUUGAACCGUGAUCUACUUGUGUUUAAUAGCUUUGUUAAAGCAUUGAAUAGAAGUUAUCGAAAUUUAUGCGAGAUGCUCACGUUAUCCUUCUUUUUGAAUGGACUCGUCGUCAAGGAUAGAGAAGAUUACUUUGAAAUUAACGACAGCCUUCCUUAUAUGGCCGAUGUCAAUGUCGCUUUAGGCCUUGUCUGUAAGCACUAUUUGGAACGCAUUAUCGAAGGUCAAUCAGCCAUUGAAGCUUUAGCUUCCACUGAAAAAGCAUUCCCUACCUGUGUCUCUGUUAAAGAAGAUCUCGAAACAGGUUUCCAAUUUUGGACGAGAUUGUUGGAAGCUGUUGUGGUACUUUUCAAGACCAAUACGAUCUCUGCGGAUACAUUCAAUAUGUUUUCCAAUGCAAAUGAAUGGCUCCAGAACAGAAAAUUUUAAAAAAAGAAUAAACUCUUGAGAAUUGCCAGAUGUAUGAGUGUAAUCUGAUGCAUAGCAUUAGAUUAAUUAAAACUUGAACUGCAUGUGCUGCG